UCCAUUUACGCGACGAUCGCUUUAAAGAUCGGUCGUCGGUCAGCGCGAAAAUUUCCAACACUCUUGGGCUCCCCUUUUUGUUGUUUUUGUUUUGUAAUUCUCGGUUUCGUUGAUUGUUUUUUUCGUUUUUUUUUUAAAUUUUUUAUUUAAUUUUUUUUUUGAAUAACGGCUCCCUUGCGCCGACAGAGCGGCAAUAUAAAAUUGAAGCGCAUACAAGCAGCAUUUAGUCGAAGUUGGAAGCUCAGGCCGCGAUACACUCUCUCCCACACACACCCACAAUCUGCCAAUUGCACUCUCUCCCGAAGAGCCGGCAACUGGAAGAAGAAGAACUGGAAGAGCACUGCAGCAUCCCGAACAACAAAAAACGGUCAACCUGCUGAUAGAGACAGCGAGCCAGAAAGAUGACGGAAGCCACUCGACUGCUGUUGCUGCUUCUCCUGGCGGCUCUGGCAGCCAGUUCAGCCGGCGAGCUGGCGACGAUGCCCGCCAAUCUCACCCAGCUGGAUGCCAACGAGAUUCCCCAGCGGUUCGACGAGGCGCAGCUGUGGCGCAUCCACAACAUCUCGGAGGCGCUGCAGCACCGGCUGCCCGUGGGCCAGAUGCUGGAGCAGAAGUUCGGCGGCAACAUCUGGAAGGAGAACUCCAAGUUCCUGGACAUCUCCAUUGCCCGGGAUCAGCUGAAGGCGGCGCGCAGCUUCCUCUCGGCCCACCGCCUGGCUCCGCAGAUCCUGUCGGAUAAUAUUCAGUCCAUGAUCGACGAGGAGCUGCUCGAGGGCGUGCAGAGCUCUGCCUUUGCCCAGGGCAGAAGAACAAAGAAGGCCGCCAGGAGCAGCAUGCACUGGAAGGACUACCACGACCUGGAGACCAUCUACAGCUUCAUGCGGGAGAUCCGCACCAAGUUCCCCAACAUCGUGCGUUUGUACACUAUUGGCCAGACGGCCGAGGGACGGGAUCUGAAGGUGCUCAGAAUCUCUGAGAAUCCCCGCGAGAACAAGAAGAUCUGGAUCGACGGCGGCAUCCACGCCCGCGAGUGGAUCAGCCCCGCCACGGUGACCUUCAUCCUGUACCAACUGAUGUCCAACUGGGAGAACCAGCCGGCGCACAUCCGCGGCCUGACCUGGUACAUCAUGCCGGUGAUGAAUCCCGAUGGCUACGAGUACAGCCGCACCACCAACCGCCUGUGGCGCAAGAAUCGAUCUCCCUCACGGCGCGCCCAGUGCAGCGGCGUCGAUCUCAACCGGAACUUCGAUAUUGGCUGGAACGGCUACGGCUCCUCCACGAAUCCCUGCAGUGACACCUACCGCGGCUCCUCGCCAGCUUCGGAGCGGGAGACGCGAGCAGUGGCCGAGUUCCUGGCCAAGAGGAAGUACAAUCUGGAGUCGUACCUGACCUACCACAGCUACGGACAGAUGAUUGUCUAUCCGUGGGCAUACAAGGCCGUUAAGGUGAAGGAUUCCAGUGUGCUGCAGCGAGUGGCCAGCUUGGCGGCGGAGCGGAUUGUCCAGAAGACGGGCACGGCCUACAGGGCGGCGGUCACCCACGAGGUGCUGGGCAUCGCGGGCGGUGGCUCCGACGACUGGAGUCGUGCCGCCCUGGGCGUCAAGUAUGUGUACACCAUUGAGCUGCGGGAUCGCGGAGCCUACGGAUUCGUGCUGCCGCCGCGCUUCAUCAAGGACACGGCGCUGGAGGGCUGGACGGUGGCGGAGACGGUGGCCCAGGCCAUUGGACCCAGUGCGUCCGGUUGAAAAGCGGCUAAUCUCACCCGCCUCCCGGUGUAAUUUGUAAUCUCUGUCGCCUUCUCUUACGCCCCCCGCCCACCUGGUGUGCCUGUGAACUGUGUGUGCCUGUGUGUCUGAAGGAUUAUUUAUGUUUGUCUGUGUGCCUGCUUUUGGUGACUGAGAACGAGCGUGUGUGCUUGGGCGGGCUGCUGUAUCCUUGGAAUCCUGUACGGCUUGAAAUAAACCAACCUGCGCUAUUUAUUACUACA